AUGGCAUCAUCUGAUCGAAAGAGCAUGUCUUCCAUUACGCCAACCCGUCGUCACUUCAGCAAUUUCAACAUCAUCGCCCUCAGCUUCAACAUCUGCAACAGUUGGGUAGCCAUUGCGACAUCUCUUGCCAUAGCAAUAAGUGCUGGAGGCACGGCGACCUUGAUCUAUGGCAUUCCCUUGGCAUCGAUCGCUUAUGCCGCCACUGGGGUCUCGCUAGCGGAGUUGGCAUCUUGCUAUCCUACCGCUGGUGGCCAGUACCACUUUGCCUCCAUCCUCGCUCCGAAACGGUUUAGUCGUGGACUCUCUUAUGCGUGUGGCUCAAUCGCCAUGUUCUCUUGGAUAGCACUGGGAGCUGCCGCCACACUCCUUGCAACGCAACUUCUGUUGGCCUUGGUGAUGUAUUAUCAUCCUAACUAUACACCUCAAACCUGGCACUACUUUUUAGUCUAUCAAGCGAUCAAUGUCGUUUUCCUUCUUUACAACCUUUUUGCUCUUGCCAAGACGCCAUGGGUACACAACUUUGGAUUACUCCUUACUCUCGGCUCUUUCGUUGUUGUCACUGUCACUUGCCUGGCGCGCUCCGAGAAACAAAGCGCAGAGUAUGUCUGGGCGACUAUGGAAAGCAAUACAGGUUGGCCAGCUGGUGUGACAUUCUUGUCAGGCUUUGCAACUUCCUGCUUCAUAUUCGCUGGCAUCGACGCGUCCCUCCAUCUCGCAGAAGAAUGCACCGAACCCGAGAAGACAGUGCCUAAAGCACUGUGUACGACGGUAGUUAUUGGCUUUGUCACAGGAUUUGUCUUUGCAAUAGCAAUGUGCUACGGAAUCAAGGACAUCAACGAGCUCGUCUCGACUGCUGUACCUAUCUACGAACUCUGGCGUCAAGCAACCAACAGCGACGCCGCAGCGACCGUCUUCCUCGUUGUCCUUCUUACUAUCAACUUGUUCGUCGUUAAUGCCGUUCAACAGACCUCCUCACAUCUUAUCUGGGCAUUUGGUCGUGACAACGGUCUCGUGCUUUCGAAACAGUUGGCUCAAAUGCAUCACGGUCUAGAAGUACCUGUAUGGUCUCUACUCGCCAAUGCUGUGGUUAUCUUCAUCUGUGGAUGCAUCUAUCUUGCGUCUACAGCUGCGUUCAAUGCUUUGAUCAACACGACCAUCAUCCUGCAGAUGAUCUCCUUUGCCAUGCCUUGCUUUUUGCUUAUUUGCAGAGGCCGUAGCGAAAAGUUUCUCGCUAAGAACCGAUGGUUUCGCUUGCCUGGUUGGCUGGGAUGGACUUGCAAUGCAACUGUUGUCGUGUUCGCCAUCAUCGAGGUUGUCUUCUUUGAUCUUCCGACUUCUAUCCCAACCACAGGGUCCAGCAUGAAUUAUACUUGUGCGGUACUAGCUGCCAUGGCGUUGUUCAGUGGCAUCAACUGGGUCUUUUAUGCAGAGAAACACUACAAAGGUCCGCGUAUUGAGCUAGGGUAG